AUGGGAAAUCAAAAUGCAACAGGAAUAGUAGGAGAAGAAAAAGAAGUAAAUGAAGAAGAAAGCCACACAGUUCCUGAAAGUGUAAAGAAAGAUGAUUUGACAGAAGAAAAGCAUAUACUUUCUGAAGGUGAAGUUAAAGAUUUUCAUGAAAAUGCAGUAGAUUUUGAUCAUUCUCAUGUUGAAAUUCAGAAACACCUACCUGUGGAAAAGCUGACAGAAAGAGGUAUUGAGAACAAUGGUGCAGAACUUAACCCUCCUCCAGGAUUUCAAGAGGUUUCAGAGGAAGCAAAUGGCACAGCAAGCGAGGAUAAUGAUGCACAGACAGAUUCAUCGAAAUUUCAUGACCAAUUAUCCCCUUCAAAAGGCGAGGUAGAGGAAGGGGAGUCAUGUUUGGACUCAAAAUUUAAUUUAAAUUCUGAGCCACUGGAGCAUAUUAAUAUUCCCGAUGAAUCACAAGAAGAAAACGAGGAUUUAUUAUCAAAAGAGAGUAAAGAAACUAGGGAAGUGAGUACAUCAUGCCAUGUUGAGGAGAAAUGCCAUUUGAUUGACACCAACAUUGUACCAAAUCUUAACGUAGAGAAAAAUGGCUUCGAGGUGAAUGAAAUGGCUUCGCUUGAGGAUGCUAUAUUGGACACAAGUACUCGAAACGAAAAUCCUGCAUCAAUUUCUGAACCACCAAAUGCGUAUUUGGUCAUUCCUGAAGAGAUGACACCAACGGUGAGUGAAUUAGGCAUUGGAGAGAACAUGAGCUACUAUGGCGAACGAACUCAGCCUUUGGAUAAAGAAAUCAAUCAGUUGGUGAAUCCCAAUGCAGAUCAAUCUGAGACGAGGAUUGAAUCCGAGAGUAAAGAAGAUGAGGAGGAACAUGCAGUUGGGAUUAAUUCCAGUUCUAGACCAGAGAAAGUUGAUCAUGGUGAGGAGACAGACAAUCGUGAUGAAAUUGUCUGGACGGAAUCCAUUCCGAAGAGACACUUGAACGAAACCAGUGAAGUUAUGCAUAUGUUGGUGGGAACUGAAUUAGGUCCAACCAAAAAAUGCAUCGCCACCUGUAAGGAAAAUGGAGACGAAGAGGCUACAAAUGAAGGUAUACUCAAAAAGGAAGUUCCGGGAGAUGAAGAAAAUGGCCACGAAACUGAUAACAGGGUAGACGUAGAAGACAUGCAAGAAUAUAAUGGCUGUGAACAAUUAGUUCGUGAAUGCUCUAUUGCAAAUGUCAGCUAUGCAAUCAAUGAAAUACCAACAGAGCAUUCACUGGAUAAUACUACGAAUCGAGAAAAUGAACUUGCACAAAGUGUUGAGACUAGUUAUAUUCCACCACAAGGAGGUGUAGGCGAUUCAUUGGAGCUCAGAAAGUCCCCAAGUUUUGACUUUGGUGUUUCAUUCGAUGUUAGGUCCGAAGAAUCUGAUCAAACUCCAUUACUAUAUCAGGACAAGACUGCAAUUCGAAGCUUUUCAAGCUGUGCGACUCUGAUUAGAACAUCAUUACAGUCUGACGAGGAUGUGGAAGUGGAAGAGAAAAACAUAAGAUUAAUGGAAAGAAGCAAUUCAGAAAAUUCCGGAUCUGCAUUUCUGAACGCGAUCAAUAAAGAAAAAAGGGCUAUUGCAAUGUAUACAGAAGAAAAAGAAGAAAACAAUUGUGUGGAUAAGAAGGGAGAUAAGGAUUUGCAGGCACUGGAAUCAACUUCUCCAAAGGGAAAUGUGAAGCGCAGGCCUAAAUCUUCCAUUUUCACUACCUGCAUUUGUUGCACAGCAGCAAUCAGUUAA